UUGGUUUUAUUGUUCCCCGCGUUAUCGGCUGACCCAGGAUUACAACAGCUCGUGCUCUCAGUUGGGGAGGAAGGCUGGGGAUAGCACAGAAGUGGCAGUCAUUGUGCAAUGCCAUGGAGCUCAGGGAAGGGGGCUAGUGGAGACAUCGGCUAGCUCCUGAGAUGAAGACCCUGUUGUGGGGCUGUGCCUGGUGUGUGGUCCUCCGUGCGGCUGCUGUAAUGGGAAGAUUGCAUCCGGAAUGUGAAAUUCUAACUGAGAUAAAGAGAGAUGAAGAACAAUGUUUGCAAAGCAUUAAUGAGAACAGCAAUGCCUCAGUCCAGGGCUGCCAAGCAGUAUGGGAUGGUGCAUUGUGCUGGCCUCACGCUGCUCAUGGACAGACUGUCAAUGUUUCCUGCCCAAAGAUCUUCUUACAGUUUAGUCACAUUUUAGGGACGAUUACAAGAAACUGCACCAGUACAGGAUGGUCCAAACCAUCGCCGCCAGACUUGACCGCUUGCGUGAUGGACGCACCGGUGCUAACAGCUGAGGCAUCAUACUAUGGAACAAUCCAGACAAUCUACACCGUGGGUUAUAGCCUGUCGCUGGUCGUACUAUCUGCUGCUGUCUUCAUCCUGUUAAUGUUUCGGAGGCUGCAUUGCAUGAGGAAUUAUAUCCACGUCCAAUUGUUCUUCACCUUCAUCCUUCGCAGUUUAUCGGUCUUUAUUAAGGAUGCUGUCCUCUUCGGUGAUGACAGUAUUGACCACUGCACCUUUUCCACGGUAGGCUGUAAGAUUUCGGUCGUGUUCUGGUACUUCUGCAUGGUGACAAAUUACUUCUGGCUGCUGGUGGAGGCUCUGUACCUCAGCUCACUGCUGGUGGUGCCUUUCUCCUGCGGGAAAAGCUACUUCUGGUGGUGGAGCGCCCUGGGAUGGGGUGUUCCCUUUGUAUGUACUGUUGCCUGGGUGAUUACAAAGCUUCAAUUUGAAAAUACUGAGUGCUGGGAUGUUAUUGAAGGUUCCUCGUACUGGUGGAUAAUCAAAGGACCAAUUGUGGCAUCUAUCGCAGUCAACUUUGUGCUUUUCAUUAACAUCAUUCGGAUCCUGGUGCGGAAGGUGAUUCCGAAGGAUGUUCACACAGCUAACUCCUCGCAGUACAGGCGCCUGACAAAGUCAACCCUUCUGCUGGUGCCUCUGUUCGGUGUGCACUACAUUGUGUGUGCUUUCCCUCCUGAUGGAGCAGUGCUAGCCAUUAGGCUUUAUCUUGACCUUUGCAUCGGGUCAUUUCAGGGUUUUAUCGUGGGAGUGCUGUACUGCUUUCUGAACCAAGAGGUACAGACUGAGAUAUAUCGAAGAUGGGUGAGCAGAAAUCUGGACAGUUAUGGAGCUGUGCCAGUCAUGGGGAAAACCCAGAUGGACACUUCCUGUUGAACCAUAGGUCAAAGGUCAAGCAGAAAGCACUUUCGACCCCAUUCACCUACUCCUCAUUCUCACUGUCAAAGGAAACCUGUCUCCCCCUAAUUUAUAGAAUCUUUCAUUAUUUAGUUUUAUAUCGAAGGAAUUAAUAUGAACUCGGCUGAACAUCCUGGAAGAAUCUAACCACACAAGGUCGGCCGUGAUGAAAACAGCAUCAAAUGCAAUAGGCCACCUCUAUUGUCGAGACUGGAGUUUGACCAUCGUUGACCGUCUUGCCCUCUCACACAACAAAAUUCGAUAGCGAAAUCUCCCUGCGCCCGUGGGACUCGGUCUGUCGCGAGGUGGCCAUCCAUUCCUGGUCUGUGUGGUUCAUGAUUGUUUCUAAAGGGUCUUCAGGAACGUCCAUGCAGUGACUUGCUCUCUAAUCGGGGAGGAGGGAGCAUGCUCCUCGUUUUUCCCAAAAUUGCCCUCUCGAUGGGGGACUAUAUAUAUAUA